AUGGGAAGGGACCGCCGGCGGAACGGCCGCCGGGAAGCGGCGCCCGGGCCGGGAGCGAUCCGGGGCCCCAAAAGGCGGAGCGGCCGGUCCCGGCUGCAGGGAGCGUGGGAAGGACGGCGGGGCCGAGCGGGAGGGAAGCGCGCAGCGCCGGAGGACGCGGGCGGGAGCCGGGCGGCCCCGCAGACGGGCCGGAGGUCCCGGGACCACCGCCGCGGGCGCGGAGCGACGCCAACAGCCGUGCCCAGCCCCGGCUCGGCCCGGCGGGGCAGGGCUGCUCGGCGGAGCCGAAGCCCCCCGGGCGGCCUGGCCUACGCCCGCGGGGUCCCCGCGCCCCUCGCCUGUGCCGCCGCGCCCAGCCGGAGCCGAGGAGAACGGCGAAGCCGCCGCGCCGCCCCGCGGGGUCCGAUCCCUGCCCAUUCCCGAAGCCUCCGCCCCUCCCGCCGAGCCCGCUCCCCUCACCGGGCGCGGCGGCGUAGCAGCUCCUCCGUCCCUCGGCCAAGAUGGCAGCCGGUCCGAGCCCAACCUGAGGCAGCGACUUUCCAAAGUCGGGCGCGAUCUGCGCGCGCGCGGAGUCGCCGGAGCCACCGCGGCCGAGCGGCCACUACAAGUCCCGGCGUGCCCCGCGCGGGGAGCUGCGCGUGCGCACUGCGGCCGGGGGGGGGGGGUAGUCGCCGGGCAGGGCGGGUCGUGCCGCGCGCGGCCGCAAGAAGAGCUGCUGUCGGUGAGGCCGUGCUGGCGGCUCGCUGGUUGUGGCUUUGA